AUGUGUUAUGUGGGGAAGGCUACCAAGAUCUUCAUCUUCAUUAUGACAGUGCUUGUCGUUCUGGGUCUCGUCUUGGGAUUCGGCCUACUACAUCACCGCCUUCAAAAGCCCCAUCACUGCGCCGGCGACUCCUGCGACGGUAUUUCUACUCCACCCUCUGUUUUCCCCAACCCGAAUCCUAACCCUAACCCACCUGAUCAAUCCACCUUCAACCAGCCGACCCCACCUGGUACCGACCCACCUUCUAUUCCAAUCUCUAACCCUCCUCCCACUCAACCCAGCCCGCCCACCUUCUCCAACCCACCUAGUCCGCCUAUUUCCAACCCCUUUCCUCCUCCGCCCAUCACAGAAACUAAUCCUCCUCCUCCUCCUCAAUUUUCCCCUCCGCCGCCUGCGACGGGGACGCAGUUAGCAGCGCCGCCAUACAAUCAGCCGACUCCAGUCAUUGUGAGUCCAGCUCCUGUGCAUGCUUAG